UGUGCUUUGGUACUUGCUUUUAUUUCUUAGCUAGAACAUUUCCUUACCCUCCUAUCUUCUUUCUUUAAGUGAAAUCUAGUCUGUCUGUCAGUGUUCCGCUCAGUCAUGAGCUCUUUCAGGAAGCGUUCUGUGACCCUCACUGCCUUCAUUAUGGAUCCUGUUCAAGCUGUCAAGGCUUCCAGUGCAUGUGUCCCCCUGCUACUGUUGUAACUGUUUUCUGUCACUCUUCCUUGCUUUUAAUUUUAUUCAUACCUACCCACAUUUUAUACAUUAAUCGAGGCAACUUAUGGCAAGAGCAGAUGUAAUAAAAUGAUUUAAAGUACAAAUAACCAGUAAAUUAUAGACAACCAGAGGAUCCGCAACAGGGAAAGUAGAAAUACCUCUUAAGCCCGGCUUGGUUAGAGAUGGGGAGUUACACAAAUGUUCAGGCUUAAGGGCCUACAUACUUGGUAGAGAGGAGUCUCCAAUGUAGCUCUGUAAGUGAUUUAGCAGUCAGGCUGAAGAGAAGUAGUUAUAUAGUUGUCAUCAGAGAAGAAGAAACCCUCCAAUAUUAAUUUCUAAAAGAAAUUUACACAGUUUCACAUGGGUAGCACUGAGUGGUAGGUACAAAAUUGUUAUGGGAAGUUAGCAAUGGGUUUGUCAUGACUUAACGGUGUUCUUCAGUGAAAGAGAAUGUAACUUUAACAUGGAACUUAGGGCAUUUCUUCAAGGACGUAAGAUAACAUGAUCCAAAUAUCAUCUAGCUUAAUUCAAUGACUUCUUCAACCUAGAUACAUAAAUGGACUGCAUGCCUUAAAAAUUUUUUUUUCACCCCUCACGUCUCUCAACUAGGCUGUUAAUAAGAAGAGUAUAUAACAGACAGUGUUGAAUUUUCUGGCAAGGGCCUGGGGUUUGUGCAUUGUUCCCCCUGGAAAAUUUCCCAGGACAGUGAUUUUCUUUCCUUCUAUCACCAUAGUUGGCCACAUGGUGAUUACUCAAUAACUAUUUAUUGAAUGAGUGGCUGUAAGUAAUUAGAUUCUGAUGAUAUUUUGGGAUUGGUGUUUGAAGUGUGUUUUGUUACAUUGUAUCAAUCAAACACAAUCAUAAUGGAAGUCUAUCUAGACUGGGAUUUCUCAAAAUUGACAUUUGGGGCCAGAUAAUUCUUUAUUGUGGAGGGUUUUCCCGUGUCCUGUAGGAUGAUUGUUAGCAGCAUCUUUGGUCUAUACCCACUAGAUGCCAAUAGAACCCCCAGUUGUAACAAAAAUAUCUGCAGACAUUGCCAAAGGUGCCUUGGGGGGACAAAAUCACCCCCCAUUGAGAAUGACUGAUCUAGAUCAUGGGUCCCCAGGGAUUAGAUGUAGCGUGAUCAGAACAGCUUCAGAAUUGCAUUUUCCAUAGUUUGACUUGUUUGGUUAAAACAUGAAUGUUUGGGGCGCCUGGGUGGCUCAGUGAGUUAAGCGUCAGACUCUUGACUUUGGCUCAGGUCGUGAUAUCACGGUUUAUGGGAUCGAGCCCUGUGUCAGGCUCUGCCAUGCUAACAGUGCAGAGCCUGCUUGGGAUUCUCUCCUCUUCUCUCACUCUGCCCCUCCCCAGCUCACGUGCACUCUCUCUCAAAAUAAAUAAACUUUAAAAUAAAUAAAUAAACAGGGGCCCCUGGGUGGCUCAGUCAGUUAGGUGUCUGACUUCAGCUCAGGUCAUGAUCUCACAGUUUGUGAGUUUGAGCCCUGCUCUGGGCUCUGUGCUGACAGCUCAGAGUCUGGAACCUGCUUUGGAUUCUGUUUCUCCCUCUCUCUCUCUCUCUCUCUCUCUCUGCCCCUCCCCCACUCGUACUCUGUCUCCCUCUGUCUCAAAAAUACACAUUAAAAAAAUUUUUUUUAAUCAAUAAAACACUAAAAUUUAAAAAAAUACAUAAAAUGUGAAUGUUCUUUGGGUACUGAAAGAAAUCGAAUCAAAGUGUAAAGUGUUGCCCAUUUAAAGUGCAAGGGAACAGGAUGUAGAGAUUGGAUAAAUCGACUUUUUAAAAAAUUACAGACUAUAAUUGAAAUACUGAUCUAAAGAAAAGUAGGUAUGGCUCAGCAAUUGAGUAAAUGUUAACUAAAACGAUCCCAGAUAUUGGAGCUUUUAAAAAAUUAAGUCCUGGGGUGCCUGGGUGGCUCAGUUGGUUAAGUGUCUGACUUGGACUCAGGUCAUGAUCUCAUGGGAUCGUGAGUUUGAGCCCUGCAUUGAGCUCUGUGCUUUCAGUGCAGAGCCUGCUUGGAAUUCUCUCUCUCCCUCUCUCUGCCCCUCCGCUGUGCACACAUGCAUUCUCUCUCUCCCUCCCCCUCCCCCCCAAUAAAUAAAUAAAUAUUUAAUUUAGAAAAUAAAUAAAAGGUUAAGUCCUACUUGGUUGCUUGUCUGUAAUGUGUGGGGCAGAACAGAAGAUGAAACUUGUUUUUGAGAAAGUGUAAUUUUAAAAUCUCAGUGAAGAAACGAUGUCUAACUGUAGCCUAGGUUUGCUAAUUUACGAGCAAAAUGACUAAAGCUUAAAUAUACCAUGGAGUUAAUUAUAUUUCUUCUCCCUAGGAGCUCUCUCUAGCCUUGGCAGACAUAUGUGACACAUGUGAUGAUGUGAUACAUAAGUAGAUGCAUAUUUUUUAAAUCCUUGAGGGUAGUUGAUAUUGUGCUUUUAGAAAAAUGGCCGUCUGAUGUCUGCCUUGGUUGGGAAGUAGUAUGUAACGCAUGGAAUGGGUGCCCUCUGAUGACCAUGGUGCUUUAGAACAUUGCAGAGGCAAUCAUUUGUGUAGUUCCUGACCAUAAUUUCAUUGCCAUGGAUUAGUGGCUCUUAAAUGCCCCCAUUUCCCCCAACCCCCUUUUCGGAUGGGAGUUCUGGUACAAUAAUUCUAUCCCUUUCUCAUAUAUUGGGUGUUUGGGGGAGGGGAGGCAAAUAACGGAUUUUCUUAGUUAAUAGAUUUACACGUUGAGAGGAGCUGCACUUAAGGAUCCUCAUUCACACGCAGACCUGGUACAGAUGACAAGAUCCUGGACUUGAGCCCAUGAUAAAAGGUGAUGAGGCUUUUGAGAGAGGGAUGUAAAAUGUUGUGGCCAGAGCACAAAAGAAGCAAGUGAUGUGAAAAAUUUCUGGCCUCAUUUUUCAGUACUAACUGGGAGUACAGUAUUUGAAGUGCAACAGUCAAGGGUAGAUGGGCAGUGGGAGAAAGGAUGGGAUGAUUCUUUGGGAAGGUGCUACAAUAAAGGCUCAAGGAGAAAUGCACAAAGCAGGAAACUUCACCACACCCUUGUCCAGGAGAGGAUAUUCUCCAUUUCUGUAGCCUUAUGACAUUGAUUAUGCAAGAUAAUGCAAAGGAUAGAUAAGAUCAUGCAAAGAUUAGAUUCCAAAGAUGGUAUUUGCCCAUAAGCAUAUCAGUUGUGAAAUGAAUUACUGUGGGAAAGGUUUAUUAUUUGAGGUAAGACAGGACUUGGUUUUAAAUUUCUAUUCUGCCACCUACUGAUGCCACUUACCUUGGGUAAGCUAUUUAACACCAGCUGAUGGUAUCUUAUAAACCCUUUUUUUGUUUUCUUUAUGUUAUUUUGGAAGUAUGCCAAAUUAAUUUGUUGGAAUCCUUAAAUUUUCAGUGGCUGGCUCUAGUGUGAAAGGAGGUUGGCUCAGGAUUCUCUCUGAAGGACUUUCUUAGAAGUCUCAAUCUUACUUAGUAGAAACCGAAGUUUCGGCCCUAGCGAUAGAGGACAAAAACAUAAUUUGUGUUUCUAGUCCAGGGCCUCCUGGGUGACUCUGUCGGCUGAGUGUCCAAUUCUUGAUUUCAACUCAGGUCAUGAUCUCGUGGGCUCAUGGGUUUGAGCCCCAAGUAGGGCUCAGUGCUGACAGCUGAGAGCCUGCUUGGGAUUCUCUCUAUCUCCUCCCUCUCUGCUCCACCCCCUCUCAAAAUAAAUAAAUAAACAUAAAAAAAAGAAAAGAAAAGAAAAGAAAACAGAUGACUGGCUCUUAGUGUUUUGCAAGAACUUUCACUCUGAACAACUGACUCACUGUUUAUGCUUGAAUCCCCUAUCAGUCUACCAAUCAGAAUACCCUUGAAGGGCUGAUAGGUUUGAGUGCUGACACCCACAGCCCAAAACUAGGUGUGACUGCAUUAAGAAGGCAGGUCACUGUGGGUAAGUGUCUAAUCACGAGAUCUCCUAAAACAGUGAUGGAAUCUAACCCUGUUAGGAAAAUCCUACUUAAUUCUGUUAGUGAAUCUCAGAUCCCUUUUACCCUAGUCCUUAGGCCUUGGGCUAACAGGAAGACCUUUAACAUUUACUACAUUUCAGAAAUUGCUGGUUCAUCCUAUGUAACAUCAUCUUAUUUAAUCCUCAUAGUUUCUCUGUGAAAUACUUUGUAUUGUCUCCAUUCAUAAUUUCUCAAAUGCCCAAGUUUUUUUUCCACCUUCUCAGUUUUUAUGUAUCCUAUUUCCUCCUGGAAUGGUCUUAUUUUUCUUCUUUGCCUCAUAAUCCCUACUUGUCCCUCAGAGCUCAUCUCAGAUAUUACUACUUCAAGGAAGCCUUUCUAACCCCCUAGGUUUGAUUCCCUAUUGCACAUUGUAAUCACACACCGUAUCUCAAUAAGCACAAGAAAUUAUGUGAUCAGUCACGUAAUAUCUGUCAUACAUGCUAAAGUGUAAGCUCCUUGAGGACGGGAACUGUGUCAUUUUUCUGUUAUUUCUAGUGCUAGGUAUGGUUCCCUACCCUUAGAUACUCAGCAAUUUGGGGUGCCUGGGUGGCUCAGUUGUUUAAGCGACUGACUUUGGCUCAGGCUGUGCUCUCACGGUUUGUGAGUUCGAGACCCUCACUGGGCUCUUUGCUGUCAGUGCAGAGCCCUUUCUGAGCCUGCUUCAGAUCCUCUGUCUCCCUCUCUCUCUGCCCCACCCCUGAUCGUGUGCAUGUGAGAGUGUGCUCUCUCUCUCUCUUAAAAUAAAUAAACAUGUAAAAAAAGAUACUCAGUAAGUUAAAUGUAUGAUUAUGGCAAACAAAUGCCAUAUGUCAGGCAUUGAAUGCUUAUCUAUUAUAACUUCAGAACCUUCUUUCUUUAACUUAUGCCAUACACAGAACCUAACAGGAAGUAUUUCUAAAUGAAAUUGCCCAAGAAAGCUCUUCCUCAACUCUAUUUCAGUCCUAAAUUGGCUAACAAUACAAGUUAUUAAUUAAUCUUAGAUACUGGCUAGGGUGUGGUUCUGAGAAAAGGAACUGAAAGCCUUCGAAAAGUCUCCUGAGUUCUGUAUGAGCCAUCCGGAGGAGUCCCACAUUUCUGAGCAGCGAGUUUUGAAGGAAAUUGGUAGGGCAGGCUCUUGGAUUACAUGUCCCCUUAGGAAACUUUACAAGAGGUGGACACACCUGGCUUACCAGUAUUUCUGACUUACUGCUGAGCUGAAAACUGCUUGUUUUGUGGAGAAGCAAAAACUCUGCAGCAACCAUCUAAAAUGAAGAGCCCCCGAACUUUUGAGGAGCAAACGCAAUGCAUUGUGGACUCUUUACUCACAGACUUCUUGAGCCCCACAGUGCAGGUUGCUAACCGGGACCUACGUUGUGCAGAUGAAACAGAUUCAGGAGAGUCGAGCUCUUUUGACGUGGCCAUCAUUGCUGGUCGCCUUCGGAUGUUGGGUGACCAGUUCAAUGGAGAAAUGGAAGAUUCUGUCAAAAACAUCAUUUCAGAAACCAUUCAGGGACAGGCAGGAACUAUACUGCAGGACACAGUAAAAUCUCUCAGCCAGGCCUGGUGUGCUCAGGAUUCCAGCUUAGUUUAUGAGAGAGCCUUUCUGGCAGUGUCCGUGAAGCUUCUUGAAUGUGUGGCCCGCAUGGCUCCUGGAAUAGCAAGACAGGUGGCUAUCCCCAUAGUAAACCUGAUCAACGGGAACAGUGCCGUCCGGGAGUUUGUCCAGGGCCAGGGAGGUUGGGAGAAUCUGGAGAGCUGAAGAAGAGGUGGGAGCUGUUUGCCAGCCUGAACAUCACUGCCCCUGUGACUGCUCAGGUGAUUGAUUUCUGGCAGUUAAAGCAGACAACCAAAUCCAAAACUGCUUUCUUUUGAACAGAACCUAAUUUAGCUGAAUAAUUUCUUUUCUACUGAUUGCUACAGUUGGGAGAAGCCCUUGGAGGUCUACAGAGAUUUUGUGCUUUGUGUUUUUAUGUGGGUUUUAAUGAGGUACCAUUUAAGCAAAGACCUCUAGACACAAAGUAACGACUUGUUAGGAGCGGAAUUGGAAGCAUUAGAGCCUUAGAGCCGGGCUUGGCUGGAGAUCUUUUGGGAAAGGGAGCACACAGUAAACUUCCUUCAGAUUUCCUCUGGUCCUUUGGGAAGGAUCUUGUCUGCUCAUUUUGCAAUCUAAAGGACUUCAGGGAGAUUUCAAUUCUUUAAGUUGAGAAUUUCUUUUGAAUUCAUAACCUGAGUCUUGUGUUAAUUUCACCAAAGCAGAAUUAUUUUAUGCAUUUUUAGGUUGAAAGCAAAAAAUAGCAGUUUCUGCAUCUGCCCUCCUACCAGAAAGGCCAACAAAAGAUAAAACAGUGAGUGCAUUUUUACUGCCACAGGAUGCAGGAAGUGCUGGCCUACAUCUAGGACAGAGGGGCCAUCCCAGCUUAGAUGAAACUAGCUGCAUACCACAGUGUUUUUCAAACCAAAAAGGGGCCUACAUACCACUUGUGGACCUUAUAAAUUGCUGAUUUCCAGCCCCCAUCCCUAGAGAUUCUGAUUCUGUAGGGGUGGGCUGGGACCUAGGAUGCUACCAGUUCCAUAGGGGAUUCUUAUGUACAUACAGAAUUGAGACCCAUCAUUUUAGAGCAAGGAUUGGCCAUAUCCUGCCUGCUCCUUUUUCUGUAAAUUCUUUUAUUGGAUUGCAGCUACACUCACUUGUUUACAUAUUGUCUAUGACUGUUUUAGUACCACAACGUCAGAGUUGAGAAGUUACAGCAGAUACCAUAUGGCCUGUAAAAUAUAUUUACUAUCUGGCUCUUGACAGAAAAGUGUGUAGACCCUUGCUUUAAAGCUAAAUGAACAUCUCUCCUUGAAUAAUUUAAAUUCUGUGGCAAUCCUGAUAAUUCCUGCCAAACACAAUUGUACAUAGGAUUACUCUGUUUUUUAGAUUUUCGAGUGUUCUGUUGGUUCUGGCAUAGUCCACACUUUCUUGAGAACUUUAGCAAAUCAGAAAGCUCUGUGACUCCUGAGUAGUCAGUCAGUAGAGGGUAUAUAUUUUCCCUGGCCCUACCAUAAGUGAUUGGAAGUGAUUGGAAAUGAGGCAUACAGUAUCCAUGUUAUGAAUAUCUUGAAAUAGUCCUUAAUAAUCUCAUAGAUUCAUAGGCAAUCAUCAAGACUCCUUAAGUCCCAAAACCAGACUACUUACCUGACUGUCAAGAAGAAAAGCAUUGCUAUAUCUAUUUUGUUUUUUGGGGUUUUUUUUUUUUUGUUUUUUUGGUUUUUUUUUGCUAUAUCUAUUUUGAAGAGAGGCAUUAAUGGUUUGGUUACAGUUUGGCUAAAGUGUAACCACAUCCCCUCCUUUCAGCCAGCCAGCUAUCUGUUUCCCCUCAAUGCACAGAAUUAAAGAUGUAGCGCUGGGACUAUAUCUUGACUUUUUCAAAUUGUGUGAUUUCCUCAAUUCUUGGAGAAAUCACAGUAGGUUUGUAAUCCCAAAUGAGAUUUCAUAUUUCUUUUAAGUAGCAAUUAGCUUUUUUUUUUGCUACCAGUUGAAGACACUUGAUGUACUUCUUUGUCCCUUACAUUACUGUAAAUUCAACAGGGUGGGUUUUGUGGUAUUUUACUUCUUAGGUGAAAUCACUAUUUUCACAUUGACCAAUGCUGUUUUGUUCAUGAAAUAAAAUUGUGUCUAUGUAUUUGAACUAA